GUCCAGCUGUCCCUGCAAGUACGGCUUUGUGGACGAUGACAAGAAGCUGGCUCCUCGCCGUGACGUCCCCGCCUACCCCAAGUGCGGGGGCGGGGGGCAGCGGGGUGCUCAGGCCGGCCGGCAGCUGUGCGUGCAGGAGAACUACAGGAACAACCCCUUCCACAACUUCCGGCACUGCUUCUGCGUGGCCCAGAUGAUGUACAGCAUGAUCUGCCUCUGCGGGCUCCAGGAGAAGCUGUCCCAGAUGGACAUCCUGGCGCUGAUGACGGCCUCCAUCUGCCACGACCUGGACCACCCCGGCUACAACAACACGUACCAGGUCAACGCCCGCACGGAGCUGGCCGUCCGCUACAACGACAUCUCGCCGCUGGAGAACCACCACUGCGCCGUGGCCUUCCGCAUCCUGGCGCGGCCCGAGUGCGACAUCUUCGCCAACCUGCCUGCCGAGGGCUUCAGGCAGAUCCGGCAGGCGAUGAUCACCCUGAUCCUGGCCACCGACAUGGCGAGGCACGCGGAGAUCGUGGACGCCUUCAAGGAGAAGGCGGAGAACUUCGACUACAGCAACGAGGAGCACGUGACCCUGGUGAGCGCCGGGCUCAGUCCUGCACCGCCCAGCCCCUCUCCUGGCCAGGGCCCGCGGCCCCCCAGACAGCCCCCGCUCGCUCCCACUGGGCUCUGGUUCCCUGCGUCAGCGGCGGCUCCUCGGGGAGGCCGUCUCUGGACAUCACCCAGCCCGGCGCUGGGGCAGCUGGGGGCCGGGACCCCGCCAGGCCGCCGCUCGGGAGUACGGAGGGCCCCGCGGGGUCACCGAGCUGCUGGCCGGGGCGCCAGCCCUUACGCCUGUGGGGCAUCCAGCCCCGGCGGCCCUGGGGGCUGGCCGCGGGGACCAGAACACGCAGGGCCUCGGCUCAGCACAGGUGGACACGCUCGGGGUGAGGGCUGCUGGGGGGAGCCCCGGCCCCUGAAACACCAGUGGGGGGUAGAGGGGCCGCUCGGCCUCAGAUACCCGAGCCGGCUCUUCCCCGUGGUCCAGGAGCUGAUGCUGCAGCCGCUGCGGACGUCCAGGGACCGCUACGAGAAGCUGAAGCGGAUGGACGACGCCAGGAAGGAGGUGAGCGCCG